GUAGUUUUCUUAGAUGAGCCAUCCUCAGGUAUGGAUCCAUCGACAAGACGACUUGCUUGGGAUGUUUUACAGAAACAUCGUAAAAGCCGUACUAUUCUUCUUAGUACUCAUUACAUGGAUGAAGCCGAUGCACUCGGAGAUCGUAUUGCUAUCUUAACUGAGGGAGUUGCAAAGUGUUGCGGGACUUCUUUAUUUUUGAAAAAACUUUUUG